AUGUCGACUACGGCCUCGAAGAAGCCGCUGGGCGGUGGAGUCGAGCGUGUGUCGACGUCCGAAACGGCGCCAAGAUGCUCCCCCGACUCCCCGCCGCCGGCGGGCGACGCUCAGCGGGCAUUGACACCCACGGGACACUCGAGGACGCGCUCCAUCCGCAGCGGCACUCCGGUGUCGGCCCGCGCGGCGGCGCGCAGAGACUCGAUGCUGAGCACGGCCGAGUCGGAAGCUCGAGCCGAAGCGACGGCGGCGGCCGAGGACCUUCAGUCCCGUCUGGAGAUGGAAGAGAAGGCGUCGGAAAAGUACAAGAAGCAGGUCGACGUCCUCCAGGCAAAGCUCGACGACGCCGUCAAGGAGUCGGCAAAGCUCGAAGAAAAGGCGCACGAGUUCGAGGAGCAGCUCGAGGCUCUGCGGAACGAGAAGCGGGACGCGACUCGCCAGAUCAGGGAGAUGGAAACCAUCUACGAGGCCGAGCGCAGCGCCAUUCUCAAGGAAAAGGAGGAUCUCGCCAACAGGGAGGAGACGAUGCAGACCGUCAUCCAGCGGCUGAAGGACAACCUGGCCCAGAGGAGCCACAACGAGGACGAUGGCCGGUCGUCGAGGCAAUUGGCGAACUCGUCCCCCUCGAUCGACGGCAAUAGUUUUGCGCCGCCGUCGUCGAUCCAGCGCAGCGAUUCGAGGAGCAGCUCCAAGCUUAUUCUGCAAAAGGACAAGCUCAUCGAGUCUCUGCGGCUGGAACUUGCCGAGGCCCAGAUCAAGCUGGUCGAGUCGGAGAACCAGGGGGGCGGUCGGCUGCAGGAGGUCGAGCGGCUGCUGAUGGAAGCGCGCAUGGCCAACGCACGGCUGAUGGAGGAUAACGAAAGCUACCAACUUCUUCUGCAGGAGAAGACGCUCAAGGGCGACUUUGGCCAGAGCGACUUCAGCUACAUGGGCCCCGUCGCGAACCAGGAUGCGCUGAACGCCUUGGAGGGCAAGGCCAACGGCUCGAGCCUCGCCGACGAGCUGUCGGAUGCCGCCGAGGCCGACGGCGACGGCGACCGCCGGCUGGAGUCGGAACUCAAGGCGUUGAAGGAGCAGAACCAGGCUCUCACCUUGUAUAUUAACAAGAUCAUCGGCCGCCUGCUGCAGCACCAAGACUUUGAGCACAUCCUCGACACCUCCGAGGACCUCAAGAUGCCGGGAGCGGACGCGAGCAAGGCGGCGGCGGCGGCGGCGGGCGACAAGGACGCGUCGUACGGACAGUCCCUCCUGCAGCGUGCCAAGUCGAUAGCCGUCGGGGGACAGGCACGGGCCAAGGCGCGGCCGGCCUCGGCCAUGCCCAUGGUCAGCGCACCCAGCUCGGCUCACACCGACCCGGAGACGGCGCCGAGCAUCCCCAUCGGCAACCUCGCAAACCCGUCGCGGGCGGUCAACUCGAGGCGGGUUCGGCCGCAGAGCGAGCAGUUCACGGGCGCGGCGACGCUCGUCGGCCACAUGUACCGCGGUCCCGACGGUGCCGUGUCGCCAACGACGAAGCACGUGCGGAAUUCUCACAGCUUCUUCGCCGGUCGCGCCGCCAGCGCGAGCAGCACCCAGGUGCCCUCGGCCGGCAACUUCCCCGGCAUGCGAAGCGAGACGUCGAGCUUGAGCGGCGAGUCGGGCGACAUCUCGACGCCGCCGUCGCAGUCGCCGCCGCGGUCGCACAGCGACCGCGGAACGACCUUUGCCGGGGGCAAGCCUCGUCAGCUGCGGCUGCUGCAGGAGAAUCAGGACAUGGUCAAGGACAACAAGCGAUCGAGCUGGUACUCGGGGUGGAGCUGGGCGGGCAAGAAGGACGAGGCGACGGCGCCGCCGCCCGCCGAACAGUCCAUUCCCGAGUGA